UUGAACGCCUCUCUGCUCGUCGUCAUAUUUCGUCACUUCAUGUUUGGUUGGCGCCAAAUUCUUUUACUGUUCGGUGAGGACGAGAAGGGUCUACCAGCAUAAAAAAAAUUGAUGUUCGGACACUUACAUCCCAAGCGACAACAUGAUCGGGCAGAAAACUAUUAAAUCAUUUUUCUCGCCUGUCGCCCAAAAGAAGUCUGGCAAAAAUGUAAACGAAGUGGCGCAUGAUGUUAAAGACUCGCGGAAGCGCAAGUCUUCAGCGGUGGAGCCGGAGCCUGAACCGGAGCCCUCCAGCUCCAUAUCGGCUUCUCUUUCUCAGGAACAGCUUGACAGGAUCGCCCGUAACAAGAAGGCGGCACUAGAGAAGCUCGCUUCCGGCCAAACCCCUCCAGGAUUCGGGGAGAGCUGGCGAAAGGCACUGGCUGCUGAGUUUGGGAAACUCUAUUUCAAACAAUUGAUGCAGUUUGUUAACCAAGAAAGGAAAUGUCACACUGUGUACCCACCUGCCGACCACGUCUUCACCUGGACACAAAUGUGUGAGGUCAACGAUGUUAAAGUGGUGAUCCUCGGUCAGGACCCGUAUCAUGGUCCGAAUCAAGCCCAUGGAUUGUGUUUCAGUGUCAAAAGACCAGUGCCUCCUCCUCCAAGUUUGGAGAACAUUUAUAAAGAGCUGGUGAAUGAUAUUGAAGGCUUCCAGCAUCCAAAGCAUGGAGAUCUAAGCGGGUGGGCCAAACAAGGCGUGCUGUUACUCAAUGCGGUGUUGACUGUGCGAGCGCACCAGGCCAAUUCGCAUAAAGACAAAGGCUGGGAAACGUUCACCGACGCAGUGGUGCAGUGGCUCAGCAACAACACGGAGGGCCUCGUAUUCAUUCUGUGGGGGGCCUACGCUCAGAAGAAAGGAGCUACAAUAAACAAGAAACGUCACCACAUCCUCCAAGCGGUACAUCCUUCUCCCUUAUCGGUUCAUCGUGGAUUCUUUGGGUGCAAGCACUUUUCAAAGGCCAAUGAGCUGCUGAAGAAAUCUGGAAAGUCACCUGUUGACUGGAACGCACUUUAAACUGUUACUCUUGUCUGGUAUUUUCACGCCAAGUAGAAUAACUACACACUCCUUAAUAAGCUUCUCUAUAUUUUCUAAGCUAACUUUAGCAAAAUUCUUUACACUAGAGACGCUGUUAUCCUUUGUGGAAUGUUACUUGGUCACUUCGUUGUGAUGCAAAUGUUUAAACUGGAGUUUUAGUGUUGCAUAAUGUUUACAGUGUGGCCUUUUUAUGCAU